GACGACUUUUUGUAGCUUUCUCAACGGUGCCGUCGGUGGCUCGGCGCGGCCAGGGGCGGGUUCGUCCUUGCAUGGAUCUUGCAUCUCGCGUCGCUUUUCGGCUAUGCGGGACUCUAAGAGAGAUCUUCAGGGCCAGGCCAGGGGGUUGAAAUUCCCUCGUUGAGCUCGUUUGUUUCUCUACGCCGCGGACCGCAGACAGCUCCAUAGUCCCCCAAUGCCGAGUUUCUCGGGAAUCAUCCGACAGCUACAGCUCAUCUCAAAACUAUGCCGGCGAGCGACCGUCUGGACAAGGUCUUUGCGGCACUCCUGGCCCGCCGGGAGUCAAAGAGCCAGCUCCGGCGGCUGACCCUCGUUCCGGCCGGCAGCGCCGACUUUUCGUCCAACGCCUACCUCUCUCUGUCGACCCACCCCGAGGUUCAGGCUCGGUAUCUGUCCCUGAUCAAGGCCCACCUCGAGCCGUCCCCGUCCCCGUCCCCGUCCCGGGAGGCACACAGUAGAGAUGGCAGUACUGGCAGCAAGCUCAGUGGCAAUCGCAAACCCCACGGCGCAUCGCUCCUUGGGUCCGGUGGCUCACGCUUAUUAGACGGCAACGUAUCCCUCGCAGAAUCCCUCGAGAGAGAAAUCACAGCCUUCCACCGCGGCCCAGCCGGCCUGCUCUUUAACUCGGGCUUUGACGCAAACGUCGGGCUCUUCAGCUGCGCCCCCCAGCCGGGCGACAUCAUCGUCUAUGACGAGCUCAUCCACGCGAGCGUUCACGAUGGCAUGAAACUGAGCCGAGCGGACAAGAAGAUUGCCUUUGCACACAAUACAGUGGAUCCCACAGAAGCCCAGCAGUGGCCCCAGAGCUUGUCCGAAGUUCUGUCUAGGUUAACCGAUGGCGAGGAAGGCCGCCUGGUACGCGAUGGUCGCAAACGCGUCUUUGUCGCCGUGGAGGGGAUCUACAGCAUGGAUGGGGACGUGGCGCCGCUCAAAAAAGUGGUUGAAUGUGUUGAACGGCUACUCCCACGUGGGAACGGCCUGGUUGUUGUCGAUGAGGCGCAUUCAACGGGCCUUCUGGGGCAAAGAGGGAGAGGGCUCGUUUGUGAGCUGGGUCUCGAGGAUCGGGUGUGGGCUCGAGUCCACACUUUUGGCAAGGCGAUGAGUUGCUCAGGAGCAAUCAUCCUGGGCUCUUACAUCACUCGGUCAUAUCUCAUCAACUACGCCCGCAGUCUCAUCUACACCACCGCCAUGCCCUACACGUCUCUGGCAAGCAUUAAGACGGCCUACGACUUCAUCGCAAAUGGUCACUCUGAGCCUCUCCUCCGCCACCUCUGGUCCCUCAUCAACCAGACAAACGAGCUCUUGCUAGAGAUGCUGGACCGUCACCGGCCUGAUAGAAACCUAAUGCGCCUGUCGCCUGGGAAGCCGAGAUCGCCCAUUAUCCCACUCUUUACUUCGGAUCCUAGGGGCCUGGCACAGCACUGCCAGAGACACGGCUUCAUGCUGAGGCCGAUUGUUGCGCCUACUGUCCCGGUAGGAAGCGAGCGGGUGAGGAUCUGCCUCCACGCCGGCAACUCUGUCGAGGAGUUGGAAGGUUUGGUGUCUGCCAUUGAAGGCUGGCUGGUCGCUCAACCGACGCAUCAAGGGCAAUUAUUCGACAAUGCUCUAGUAGGCCAGCCCGGACCGCCAAAGUCACGGCUUUAAAAUAGACGGAAACACUUGAUAAACAUGGGGACUUGCGUAGCAUGUCAAAAGUAUAGCUCCUGGCAUUGAACACAUUGUAUAAUAUUGGUGAUUCUCUCUCGACGGACAUAUCUCGACCUUUUCUACAGGCUUAAACCAAAAGAAAUUGCCCGAGGCAUACUACAACGAUGGCGGACAGCACCCCGGUGAGUCCGUAUCCCAUGUUUGAAGCAGAGCCGACCCGAGGAGGUGCAGUAGGAGGAGUAGAGUUAGUCCCAUUUCUGCCUCCCAUACCUCUCCCUCCUCCCUUCCCUCCACCUCCUCCUGGCUUCGGCAUCGUCUCGUUCUUGUGUCCCAUCCCCUUGCCACC